AUGCAGGUGCACUUGGCGUGUAUGCUUCUCCUCUGUUUCACAUGUGGUGGACUCUGUUCAGGUACGCACUCAGACCCUUCAAACCUGUUCUGUCUUUCUGCAUUGGCUCAUAAUUUCAAGAUUAUUUUAACUGACAUUUACCGACAGUGUAACUUUUUGCAUGCAACAGGUGCAUCGUUUUCAUGUUGCUGUUGUUGCAACAAACUUAAAUCUAAAUCUGAUAAAUCAUGGGUAAUUUAAAGGACUGUUUAUCAGAGCUUCUUCAUAAUGUUAUUUUUCCUCGAGUUUAAAAUCUCCUCCUUUCUUAACAUGAAUUAUUCAUACGGUAGUUAUUCAAAUUUCCUGGUCCGUAGGUUUAUUUGCAUGCUGUUAAAUUCAUGAGGCGGUGACCUCGGAGGCUGGAUUUAUGAGACAUGAUCAGACUUCUGUUAUUGUUAUUAUUAAAUCAAAAAUACUCCUUUUUUCACACUGAAAAACUCAAGACUGAGCAUCUGUCUUUGUCUUAUUCCUUCGGAAAAUGUCCUAUUCAGCCUAUCCUCCUGUAAAAACUCAAAAUUUAGCAAGUGUUUUCUUUUAUUUCUACUAAAAAUAGUCUUGUUGGGAUUAAUUUAAGCUAAACUCACAUAACAAGUCCAGAGAAAUGACUUGUUUCAGGAUAUUACACCAGAAAUAAGACCUUAGUUUCUUGUAGUAAAACACGAAAUCGUACUUUUAGAGGAAAAAUGUACUUUUCUCUUUUUUUUUUCAAAUAAAAAUGUGUUUUUUUCCAAGAAAACAGGUAAUUUUUUUCCAAAUCUAUUAACAUAUUUUAUUUUUUUCUGAUAACAAGCACUUUUUUUUAAAAUUACUCUUCAUGGCUUUUUUCUGGACUUGUUCAGUAACUUAUUGUGCCUCAUAUUAUCCUAAUAAGGCGGACAAGUCCAGAUGUGAAUCUUAAAUACAGAUUUUACUUUUCUACUCACCCUGUUGACCUAUUUUUUACUUACUGCUCAUUCUUGGGGUCUUGCUUUCAGCUCAAAUGUGAAGCCUGAUGAAACCCUUUUUACGUUAAAAUAGACAAAAACACUUUUUAAGCCUCCUUUAAAAUGGUCUUCAAACCACUUAAAGCGUCUUUUGUACAUUCAAACCAACAUUCAUACUAAUUUCUCAGCCUCACACCUUUCCCUCCAAAUCAGCGCUCUCAUAAUCGCGGCCUUUUCCUCUGAUUCAUUUACCCGUCUUAACCCCACUUAUCCAAUCUGUGACGAUUUCAUUUAACUUUCCAGGAACUCAACUGAACCCGUGUUUAUUCCAAAUGAAAGAUUUUAAGUAACCACAGCAUGUUUCCAAAUUAAGUGAAUUGGUUUGUUUUAUUCUUAGUUCAGUGUAAUUGAUGUCUAAUGCAGCCUGGGCUGAGCUGUUCGAGUCCUAAUCCUUCAAACUUGGACUGUAGAGUCCCUUUAAGCACACUGACCCAAAAAGAGUUGCAUAAUGAAACAGAUUUUUUAAUAUAUGCUUCAUAAGAAUAAUUUUCCCCUUUUUUCUCACUGACAGAUGUGGACCAGGACCAGCGAGCGCUAGAAGAGGAGGUCCUCAGCAGUCUCUUCACUAAGGUAGGUUUUUCUUCUUUUUUUUUGCACCUGUUACUUUAGCGGCUGAAAAUAAAACAGCAAGUCGAGUGAUCCUGUGAAAAUCAAAAGAAUCAUAAGAACCAGCAGAACUGUGGCUCCUUCUGAACAUCUCUUUACUCCACAUGACUCUGCCUGACUGAUUGUGAACGGAGCUGGUCUCUCUGGUGGUCCCCUACGACAGUCCUCCCCGCCAUCAGGGUGUGAAUGUGGCGUGAACGGUGUAAAAAGGCUUUACAAGUACAAUCCUAUUCCCUCAGCUGCAGCUGCGUCCAUGUCCUCCUACGAUGACAAGAAAAUAAAAGCUCUCAGAGUCACAUCUUCAUUUUUAAGUCAGUUAUCUUCAGCAGACAUUUUUGUACUUUUACACAGAGAAAACCUCAAAUCUGAGCGAGUACAUCUGUCCAAAUGCUCGUAAAAUAGGCUGAAUUUUAGCCUCAUCCAGUAAAAUUGCUUAUUUUAUGAUAUUACUGGGCAAAAUAUGACAUGAUUGCUUCCAAUGGGUGGAAAAAUCUGCAACUGGAAUAAAAAAAACUAAACUUUUUUUUAGUCACUCGGAGAAAAUGUUUUAUUAGUGACACUUGACCCGAAACCAGGGCUGUUUUUAUAAUAAUCACAUUGUCUAUCUUGUUGCUAAUGGUCUUCUUUGCUUUCGUUUAACAUAAAAAGGCAUCAAUAUAAAUUUCAGCCUGUUUCAUUAAUGUCAAAAAACUCCUUACAGGAGCUUUAAUGUGGCCAUCAUACUCUGUCAUUGGAUUUAACUCUUAUUUCUGGCAAAUUUUCAGGACUUUUCAUGUGAAUUUGGAUAAAAUGGUUUCUAAUUAUUAUUUUUACUAAAAUUAAGACAUGAAAACUUGCCAAGAUUUGAGUCACUUCCACUUGGUUAAAUAUGCAAGCUUCACAAUCUGGCAACCUGACUUCAGCUCUGGCAUCAGUUCAGCUCUUUAUUUGUGACAAACUCAUAAAUAAGUCAUAAAGCUGGACAGUAAAUGAUAAUAAAAUCUGGUUAAUUUUCAAAAUACAGCUUGGCAAUACUUAGGUGUUAUAUUAUUUUUAUUGUUUUAGAACUAAAGUAAUAAAAUGUGACAUCCCUAAUGCAAAGGAGGAGGAAGAUUGAAGAGGUGAAGCUGUUGAGAUGGAGACCGCAGAUGAGAAGAUGGAUGGCUGAGGCUCAUAAUAUUCAGAUGGACCUGACAGCAUCAUAAAGACACGUCUCCCACCUCUCUCUCUCUCUCUAUCUGUCUGAUAAAUAACGGUGGCGCCCGCACAGAGGCGAUUUGAUGGCGACAAAUCAGCCGUGUGAUUCAUAGCUGCUGAUGCUGGGAGGUUGUUCAGGAGGGAUGAUUGUAAUAACUCCACAGACGAACGAUAGACUGCAGGAGAAUCUGAGGAGUGAGAGGUUAGAGGAGAGACUUGUGGCUUUGUGUGUUUUUGAGUGAAGUGAAUCCACCGCCUGUUAUCUUUUAUCUUUUUAUCUGAUCGGAUGCAGGAUGUUGAUUUGACUCGUAUUAUUCUCAAGAGGCUUCAUGUGUCGGUCUGGGUGAUUUGCACCUUCCUAGCUGAGUCAGAAUCUAAAAUGGUGUUUUCAGUUUAUUCCAAGGUUCUGAAGUGGUAAAUGAACAAUAAAGUAGGACUCAGUUUUAGCUAUUGGUGGGAGUUUUGUCAAGGAGUUUUUUUAUGCUUUUAUUUUGAAGGAUGUACUUCCGGUGGAUCGUUAAUUAAAAAGUGAAUGAAGACAAUUUAAGUGUAGAUCCAGUCAGAAAGUAUAAAUCCUCAGUUGAUCAGGAACCUAAAGAAGCACAAGCUCCUCUAUUGUUUUUUGACUCACAGUAAAUCUUAGAAAAUUGUGCUGAGUCAUCUCUCAGAGGGCGGCUAAAGCUAGCUCGCUAGCAGCUGCUGCUUCGUCUACGUCUCUCCAAUUUUAACAGGGUUGAUAUAUUUCCUCUUUUAUCCGGACAUGUCUGGGGGAGUUAGAGUUAGAAGAGCGUAAAAAACACUUGACCUGACUAGAAAACCCCCAAAUUUUGCGUGCGCAACUCCGCCCCCGUAGUAGUGUCAUCUUUUUGAGGAUUCAGAAUAUGGUCACCCUAGGUUUUAUGACAUUUUUGAGUAUUUUCAAUUACCUAAGAAAUGUGUCUCUAAAUGAGAGACAGAGAAUAUCAAUAAGCUAAGAAAUGUGUCUCCAAACAAGAGACAGUGAAUAUCAAUAAUGUAGAAAAGUGUCCACAGACUACAUAGUGAUAAAUUAGAUAAACUCUUCCUUUUACAAUGAAAUAAGUCAAGAAAAACAUACAAAAUUUGUUUUGAAAAAAUCUACGUUUUGCAAAAAUAAUGAAGACAAAUGAGUGAAAGGAUGGGUGAGUGACUGAAUGUGGGAAACAGAAAUACAUAGACAUACAAAUUUGUUAUAGAUUUUAAAACACAAGAAAAAUAUCAGUCCGUAAAAAAUGAACUUGAUAGACAUUUAAGUUAAAGAGAUUUGCUUUUUCAUUUAAAGAGUAAAAAGGUUUUUUUUGUAGCUUUACAUGCGAGAAAAAAAACCAGUACGCACUUCCUCAAAUCUUGCAGUUUUUUCAACUUUCAACUUUUGAUUAAGUUAAGUAAGCUUCUUUUUUUCCUUUUGGAGAUAAACAAACCCAUAAAUCUUAUUGUUUGAAAUGUGUAUUUUUAGUAUCCUGUGAUUCAAUUAGGAUCCUUUUGAAACAAAACAGAUUUCUGACUCACGGUCCAUGGAGUAUUGUUCAAAUAAAGGUCUGCUCUAUUAACUAGUUACCUCUCCUAUCAAAGGUAUUGAUUUACCGACCUCACUGACGGAUCAUCCUGGUGCAUCUAUGUGAAACAAAUAUCUCUAAAUGUCAGUCUCUGCUCGUGUGUGGUCCCUGGCGUGUUGCUCUUCUGAUGUGUCGACAGCUUUUAUUACAUGCCUUCUCCCCUCUGGGCGAACAGCAGAAACCUGGACUCGACUUGCACCCGUGCUUACAUCAUCACAAGAGUCUGUUUUCCCCUGACGCCAAUAAACACACGAGCAAAGUGAGUGGAGGAGAGCUGGAGGCGAUUUGUAUUAACUUAGCGGCGACAAUUUCCCCUCAGCCUCCGGAUCCUUCCAUCAUCCUCUAUGACACCCUGAGGUCUCAGCGUGUGGGCGCUCACUCGCCCGCUCGGCCAUCUUGAAAAACACUCAAACUGGAUUAUAGCGCAACAGGCUGCAGCUAGAGGAGGUUAAAUGCGGCUGAAAUUUCACUUCAGGGGCUUGAAACUGUUUAAGAAAUAGUUUGCAUUUGUCUUAAACUGCAGCAGAGCGAGCGCACCUUUAGAUUAAAAAAUGAGGCGAAUAUCAAUGCUGUUAGAGUAUUAGCAUGAUCUCUAAAUCAGCAUUUAAAGGCAGUGCUAUAGUGGAACGAAGAAGGCUUUGUGUUGGGUUUGCUGCAGAAUGAGGAAGGCUGUAAAACUGGAGCAGUGAAAUGGCAAAGUUAUUAAAAAAAGAAUCACAGUCUCGGUUUUUUAUCUGCAUGUUUAAAAUCCCUUUAUUUUACAUUUUUUAAACAGUUUUUAUCAGGGGUGGGACAAAGAAUCGAUUCACAUAAAAAAAAAAAAUCAAAAAAAUCUAAUUCAACAAUAUCGUAGAAUCGCAAUAGAAAUCCAAUCGGCUUCCAAAAAAAUCAUAGAAGAAUCGAAGGAAGGGAGAAAAGCAUAUUGUCCCAGCCCUAGUUUUCAUCAGUACAAAUGGAUUAUUUUCAGUGUCUUGAUUUGGGAAUUUAAUGAAUAUGAUUAAAUUUGCUCAACGAUCUUGACUCAGAUCAGAGUUAGUAUCCAAAUAAAUGCUGCACUGCUGCACCAGAGGGGUUCGAACCCAUGACUUAGAUUUAUAGCACUCCUCUAAAGUACUUUUUUUCAAGUGCAUGUGUAAAAUGUUGAAUAAAAGUGUGCAGUUAUUUCAUGUUAAUCUGAUUGUUCACUGAUGUCUAGUGAUUCCUGGUUCAUGCUUCAGCAGCUGCACUUUUCAGGAGCCUUAGUUCUGGCUACUUUUUUUUUUCGUUUUAUCAAACAAACCAACCCUAGGACUUCUCUCAGGUCUGAAUCACAGGUCUGUGCUGAUCCCCAGACUCCUCAUUAGUGCACUGCCAGCUUCUGAGAAGAACUAACACCUUUACAUCAGUCUGAUUGGCUGCACAGCAUGCUUUUGGCUUAAACUCGGAGAACCUUGGUGUCAUUCCGUUUGACACACGGAUGGCAGUUUUGUAAUGCCAAAUGUUUAAAAAUGAACGUGUUAAUUUGGGAUGAUGACAUGAAGCAAAGAGUAGUUUUAAUACAUUUUAAAAGGAUUCUGUUUGAGAGACGCUUCACUUUUAUGUUUAUCACAUCUCCAAUCUUCACAAUAAGAAUCACAUGCAGACCCAAGACAGCAGGCUGGAUUAGAUUAAUCAGGCUGAAUUCAAUUAUAUAUAAACAUCCUCGUGAUUGUGGUCUCUCUGUUUUCGUCUGAUCAAAGCAGGAUAGACUUUUACUCUGAGUUUGAUCGAUCAUUUCGGCCAAAGUCAUCUCUUCAAAAUAAAAAUCUAAUUUAGAAAAACCCUCCCCCUCCUGAAUCUGGAUUUCUAAACCCCUGAUACCUCUCCUGCCUGCUGUGCUCUCUUUGCAGCUCAAACAGAAUAAGCAGAGUGCCCCCUACUGGCGUGUGUCGCUGCCAAACCUGUGCCGGGUGGUGAGCAGCCUGCGGCAGGAGGCGUUGAGCGGCGAGGAGGCGGGGGAGGAGGAGGAGGGCGAGCUGGGGGAGGGCGGACUCCCGCUGCUGGAGGAGCUGUACAACCUGCAACACAUCUGCAGAGCGCUGCAGAGCCGGGAGGAGAGGGUGAGACACAGACACACACACAUGUAUAUACACAAAAUCAGACGGGUUCGAGGAAAGAGUCGACAUCCAGAAGCUGUGAAAAGUUUGAUUUGUUGUUUUUCUGCUCUUGUUUCAACUAUUGGAUCUCUGUUUCCUCUCCGGGGUGACACAGCAAACUGUAAAACAGAGUAGAAUGACUGAAUACAAGAAUAUUUCCUUUCUUAUAGGAAUGGCUUCUCCGUGUGUGUUCGAUCUUUAAAUUAGAAAAACAGUUGUGUGCAGGUUGUGUCUUGUUCACUUGAAAUAACCCAAAGAUAAAAUCAGCACAGGUGAGCCGGUGUUAACGAAGGCUGAUGGUGCGAGAUGUGCUGACACCGUUUGCCUAUAAAGUCUUGAAGUCCUCAUUCAGCUGUUUUGUAUGAAUUUUACUUAUUUCCAGAUUUUCUUUGAUACUUUUGGACCAGUCAAUUAGUCUGGAUUUUAAUUUACACAAAAAUAAGUAGGAAAUUAGUGCCUCAAAUAUCAAAGUAAAGAGUACCACCCAUUCAUAGCAUCUCCAGUAAAUGAUUUUCUAAUUAUAGCAUAUCAGAGAGAAACGAGCCACAUGAGAUACUCUCAAAUCUUUUGGCCGGCAGAUGUUGUCAAACAGACUAAUUUAAUCCUAAAAAGAAGGUUUUAAGGUAAUGCUUCAUUAAGUCUGUGGUGCAGAAAGUUAAAGAUUUAUAUCAGGGGAGGUUUAAUCUGAUGAACCUGCGAUGACAGAAGGUUAAUUCAGGUUUGGAUUAGUAGGUCCUGUCUGUCUAUUCAGGGUUAUUAAUGCAGGUAAAACUGAACUUUGAACAUUAACUAGAAGAGGAUGAUCAGUCAAUUAACCUCUACCUAAUCUUUUAUAUUUUAUAAAUUUAUAACACCAAAUUAUCUGAAGACAUUUAUUAUUGAUGACAUAUUUAUGAAUAAACUGCUGUUAUAGUAAAGUUUAUGAAGUCGCUGCACACUUAUCUCACCUCCAUUUGAUUUGACUAAAGGUGUUUUUUUUUCCUCUAAAUUUUCUUUAAAGCUCCUGUGAGGAGUUUUUAAAAGUUUGUAAAAUAGACUGAAAUUCACAUUGAUGCCUUUAUAUUAUAUACCUAAAUGCAAACAAGACCAUCACAGAGAUUAUUGAACAUUUUCAUUCUUAAUGCCGAAAAACAGGUGUUAAUGGGUAGGUGUUUGUUUCAAAAAUCACUGCUCCAUAAAGAAUUAGAUAUGCAAAGACUGCUUUGUCCACAGGGGGCGCCAAAAUGUACACAAACUGAAAGUUGCUGAUAGGAGCUUUAAAUUUUCAAUUAUAUUGAUUUUGUAAUUUUUGAGGCCACUCUAAUUUUGACGGGAAAAUCAGACAGUGUUAUGGCUUGUUAGGCUACUUUUCAAUCAUAUUUAGUUUCAUUAAAGCUCCAGUGAGGAAUAUUUUGGCAAGUGUCAAAUCUGGCGCCCCCUGUGGUCAAAGCAGUCCUUUCUUAUCUUGUCAAGUAUACCUUUACUUUACUACGUUUCUUUGGAAAUCAUAAAGACAGCUGUUUUCUCAGAUGCUCGGCUGACACCUACCCCCUCGCACAGGUUUCAGGAAUCAAAACUUGUAUAUCUUGAUGCUGAUGGUUUUGUUUGCUUCUGUUUAUCCUAAAAAGGCAUCAAUGUGAAUUUAAGUCCAUUUUAUAAACAUCAAAAAAGUCCUUAUAGGAGCUUUAAUAAAACUAAAUUACUGGUUUUAUUCAUUCAGCAAAUCAGACUAACUCUUUAAAUUGUCGUAGUUUAGGCCGGACUCUUACUAAUCUCAACAGUAAAGCAAAGUUUAAAAAGCAGAUUUCGGGUAUGAAAGGGAGUGAAAAAAAAUAGCUGGUGUAAAAAAUCUGUUAAACCGUGUGCGAUCAUGUCUUUGCUGAUUAAAAAAUGCUCACACACUCUCACAAACCCACAAUCCAAACACAAAUACACACUCGAGAGGCCAUCCAUCAUCUCUCAUGGUAAACACACCUCAUUAACUCCCCCUCCCUCCCCUCCUCCCAUCAUUGUCCUACCACCCUCCCCCCUUUAACAGCAGCUCCCCCCUCCCUCUCUCUUAGCGUUAAUCUUAACACGCCGGCUGCAGAUUAGCACCUGUUUUCCACGCAUGAGGGCCGCACUCGUUUAAUCACAGCAACACGGCGUAGCCUCCCAUUACCCCACCGCUCAGCAGCCCGACAUGUGUUUUGCCGCCACCCUCACCCUUCGUCAUCUCUCUCUCUCUUUUGUACAGCUACUCCACGACUCUCUGGAAUAUUUAGACGAGAACAACGACACUCCGCUGAAACGAAAAUCACCCUACAUCCUGAAGAGACAAGCGGGUCACAACACCAAAUCCCGGAGGCCGUACAUCCUGAAACGAAGCACAAUUUACUGA